AUGAACCCACAACCCGGUCUCUCGGUUGUCACUUCAUCUGGCCUUGUGUUGGCUUCUGGCGAACCAGGCACUCCAGCGUCGUGGCUAGACCGCGAAGUGCGUCCAAUGAUACGUCUCCAUGUACUCAUCCUUGAGGUUGGUUCAGUAGAUCGCUCCGUCCGUAGCCACAUAGGCGUUGGUCAAGUACGUGUUCAUUUAACUGACCUCAAUGACAAUGCACCUAUCUUUCUUGUGCCAUUUCGUGGCCUGGCAGUUGGCUAUCAGACAGUUCUCUGUCUCGACGAUGCAAUAACGUCUCUUAGUUCUGGACCUCUAUCUGGUGUUUUGCCUUCCAACUUGCUCGAUAAGAACAAUAUUGAAAGUUCUCUGACAAUAAGCAGAGCAGAAUCCAAUGGCAAGCAGCUCGGAAUUGACUGCACACAAGCGGCAAGCUUUAAAGUGAGUCGAUGA